AUGCGGAAUAUAAAAUAUAAUAAUAAAGGUGACAAAAAGAAACUUUCUUGGAUCUAUAGAAAGAAAACAAAGCUACAGAGAUCCGAGAAAUCGAUGCAAGAAUCAAAUGACAAUGAGGAGGAAAAUAAAAAGCCCAGAAUUAUUGUUCGCAAUCUACCAUUUAAGACAACUCCAGAGGAUGUCAAAAAGUUUUUUGAGCCAUUCGGCCCAGUUGAAGAAAUAAACUUUCCAAAACGUGCAGAUGGUUCACCUAUAGGAUGUUGUUUUAUUCAGUUUAAACAAUUAGAGGAUGCAUCAAAGGCAAUAUUUAACACAAACAAAAAGGAAUUCCUUGGUAGAGUAAUAAACAGUAGUUGGGCUGUAUCCAAGUCUAAGUAUUGUGAAAAAUUGAAAAAAGAAUCUACAAAAAAUGUAGAUCAUGCAGAAAAUCAAGACACAGAAAUCAAUAAAGAAAUACAAAAGGAUAAUCAUAAACAAAAAAGAGAAAUACCAAAGACAGAGGAACAUGUACAAAUAAAGAAAGAGAGGAGAAAAUCUUUGAAGGAAAAGAAUAGAAAAAAAAGAGCAAGGAUUGUAAUAAGAAAUUUAUCAUUUCAGGCAACUGAGGAAAGUCUGAAAGAGCAUUUUUCUCAAUAUGGAACAAUAGAGGAAGUAAAAAUCCUAAGGAGAAGCGAUGGUCAAAAUGUUGGUUGUGCAUUUCUACAGUUUGAACAUGUACAAAGUGCAGCUAAAGCCAUACAUUAUGCAAAUUUGCAACAGUUACUUAACAGGCUCAUUGUGGUUGAUUGGGCAGUACCUAAAAAUAAAUUUUCCACAAAUGAUACUAAAAAUAUGGAAGAAGGUGAGAUAAAAGUGAAGAUAGAAAAAGGAAACGAUAGUGAAGAGACACCUGCUCGAGAAAUUGCAAAAAAUUCAAGUGAAGAGUUAGGUAGUAAUGGAACACAUGUGGAUACUUUCUCAAAAUCAUAUGAAUCUGAUGACGAAGAUCAGAUGGUGGUUGAAAGUAAAUCAGAAGAUGAGAGUAAAGCUUCAAAUGAGGAAUUAUCUGAAUAUGGUGGAGAUCUUAGCGAGGAAGAAGAAGUAGAAGAAGCGAAGAAAGAUAUAACGGAAGAAAAACGUUCACGUUUCGAAUCUCAUGAUGUCUCGGAAGGAAAGACUGUAUUUGUGAAGAACGUGCCAUUUUCUGUAAAGAAUGAGCAAUUAAAAACGUUCAUGGAACGCUUCGGACCAGUUUACUAUGCUCUUAUAUGUAUAGACUCGCUUACUGAAUUCUCAAAGGGUACAGCGUUCGUGAAAUUCAGGAACGUAGAGGAUGCUGAGAAGUGUCUGACAGCAGGAAAGGAAUUGGAAAUGGAAGAUCAGAUAAUGGAGGCACAAAGAGCGCUAGAUAGAAAUGAAAUAGAAAAUAAAACGAACUCGAAAAAGCCUAAACUUAAAGAUUCCAGAAAUUUGUAUCUUGUAAAAGAAGGAGUUAUACUGGCCGGAAGUCCAGCCGCCACUGGAGUAUCAGCAGCAGAUAUGGCAAAACGAUUACAAAUAGAGCAGUGGAAGUCGCAAAUAUUACGGAAUUUAAAUAUGUUCGUGUCCAGAACACGACUCGUAGUUCACAAUCUACCACCGGCAUUAGACGACGUUAAGCUCAGAAAAAUUUUUGAACGUCAUGGACCUCCCAAUGCAAUUAUUCGAGAGGCAAGGGUCAUGCGAAAUCUGAAGAACGUCGACAUGAAAGGAGUAGGACUGUCCAAAGAGUAUGCAUUCGUUUCAUAUACGAACCAUGAGGACGCGCUCCAGGCUUUGAGGAAUAUAAACAAUAAUCCGAACGUAUUUAGCCCGAAAAGAAGGCCAAUAGUAUCUUUCUCAAUAGAGAAUCGGGUUAUGGUGAACGCCAGACAGAGAAGAAUUCAGAAGAGUCGAGAGAACAAUCCAACUUGGUCGGGGAACAACGCGAAAAGGACAGGAGACAUGAACGAGGAAGUUCCGAUGAAAAGAUUCAAGACCGGAGAAUCGCAUCAAACGGAAAAAAAUGAAUCGAAUAAAAAAUCAUUUGUAGGUAUGACUGGCAAACUGGGUGAAAAUAAACUACGAUCGAACUAUAAAUUAAAAAAUCAAUCCAUGGUACACCAUCAAACAGUGAAGAACGAGAAGAAGCUGAAAAAGUCUUGGAAAAAGUUGGAAGAGAAAAGGAGACAAAGAAAGACAAAUAAAAAUGAAGCUAAACCGAAACAAAGAACAAAAGUAAAAGCUGAGGAUGUACACAUAGAUAAACUUGUAAAUAGCUAUAAGAAUAAAUUAAAAUCAAUAGACCUGAAGAAAUCUAAAUGGUACGAAUCGUAAUGCUC